UACCUCAGUCUGCUUGGCCUUCUCUUCAAAAGCAGAACCACCAUCAACAACAACAGCAACAAUCCGGUACUAAUUCCGGCAUGAGAGCAGUUUUUCUUGGUGGAUCUGGUGUUAAAAAAGAAUGUGCAGGGACUGGUGUUUUCUUGCCUCGCAGAUACGGAAACCCAACUGAGUCGAAGAAAAAAUCUGCUUGCUCUACAGUUCUGCUACCAGCAAAGGUUGUUCAAGCUCUAAAUUUGAACUUUGAAGAUGUGAACAUUAAGGGCCGCACUCAUAACCAGACACAGCCUUGCUUCAAUAGUUCUUUGGCCUCUGACUAUGAUGCAUUUAUGGCAAGAAGGAAUGCACUUUUGGCGCAGCAGAAGAGAAAUAUACGUGCAGAGGGUGUGCUCAAUCAUGAAAUCUUGCCUCAAGAAUGGACAUAUUGAGCGAGGAAAAAGCAAAUUAAUGCUGGUUUUUGUUGGAAAAAGAAAAAGCCAAGUUUAGAGGUAGUAGAAGAAGAAGAAGAAGAAGAAGCAGAAGGAAUAUAUAAAUAGGGUUUUUAUGGGAUUUGGUUUUUAAUUAUAUAGGAAAAGGAAUUCAAGAGAAGUUGAAUAAGAAAUCCAUGUUUUUUAAUUUUUGGAGGAAGUUUGAAUCAGCUUUUUAGAUGAAGAAAAGGAAGUGGAUAUACUAGUAGUGGUAGUAAUAUUAGUAGUAGUAGAGGAGGAAAAGUUGGUAUUUUUAUAUAUUGUAAUAAAAGGGAAUAUAUGGUUUUUAGGCCUUUUUAAGUUUUUGAUUUUGGAGGCAUAAUCUUUUGUUUAUGAUAUUUUAUUUAAUUAUAGGGAAGAUGAUUAGGAGGUUAAAUGAUUUUGAAAUGGGAAGGUUUGUUCUUGAAGAAUCCACAAACCUUCUAUGCUUGUAAGUUGUAAUGUCCUAUGGCAGUUACAAGAAAUUCUAAUAAGAAAAAGCUUUUUUUUUUAUUUA